AUGCGUGCCUUCUCAACGAUUAUAUGUCUCGCUGGUCUUUGGCCGUGCCUCACUUAUGGCUUCGUCAAUCCUAUUAGAACAGGGAGCGACCCGCAAAUGGUGUAUGAGAAUGGAAUGUACUAUUUGACCUCCACAACGUGGACCGAUGUGCGUAUCACCGCGGCCUCCACUAUCGAAGGUCUCAAGACAGCAGAGCCUCGCGUCAUCUGGUCCGAUACCACGAAUCCGGCCAGAGCCUGCAAUUUCUGGGCGCCUGAGAUGCACAAACUUGGCGAUCGGUGGUACACAUACUUUACAGCAAGUGUAUGCAACUCCGACUGGGGUAUCGUGCUGCCGUCUUUGAGAGUGUUUGUUCUCGAAGGCGGCGAACAGAGCCCAUUGUCUGCAAACUACACAUUGUUGGACUCGAUUGUUCCUCCAAACUACGACGGAGGGAUGCUUGAUGCGACUGUUUUUGAGAUUGAAAAUACGAAGUAUUUUUUGUUUUCUGCUGUUAAGGGCCCUAUCAGCCCUGAUGGUGCAUCACUCUGGAUCGCUGAGCUCCUAUCGCCAACAGAAUGCGGCAAUGCCACAAUGAUAGCAGCCCCUGAAUACGGAUGGGAGAAAGAAGACUCUGCCGUUCUUGAGGGACCAUACGGAGUAGUCUCGCCUUGCGGCACGAUUUACGUAGUCUACUCAGCCGACUCUUGCAGCACGCCGGCGUACAAGCUCGGCGCCAUGAAGUUCGCUAAAGGCGGCGAUCCGCUCAGCCGGAGUUCAUGGACCAAGCUAUCUCAGCCCAUCUUCGAAACCAAGAACGGACUCUAUGGGCCUGGCCAUAAUGCCUUUUUCAAGAGCCCCGACGGGACACAGGAUUGGCAGGUGUUCCAUGCCAACCUUAAUCCGGGUGAUGGAUGUGGCACCACUCGAAAGGUGUUUAUCCAGCCUGUACGCUGGACUAACAAUACAGUUGACCUGGGCGAUCCUCUGCCAGUCGGUACUGAGAUCAAUCCACCGAGUGGCGAGUAA